AGCCGAGUCACGUCCUGGAAAGCGAAACGUAAUCUUCUCUAUUUUAUCUUCGGCGCAGUCUUCGGCGUGGACUCGCAAAGACUCCGGGCGACUCGGUAAAUGUUUCGUCAUUCGGAAAAAAGUGCGAAGCCUGGGAACGAGACCGAUGGCAACAAAAUAACCAUCGAGACAAGUUCGGCAGCAACAGAUGUUUGUCUACGUUCGGAAAUCCUCUCACAAGUUCAGUUUCAAACUCGUAAACUAACAUGUUUUGAUGCAUGCGGAACGUUUAGUGUCAUAAGGGAAUAAUGGCUGAAGGUGGUAGUCGGCCUUGGUCGCGCCAUCGAAACCGCCGCCGACAAAACGACAGAGAAGGAAGGGAAAAUGAAGAGAUUGACCGAGAUCUGCUCAGAGUUGUUCUUAGCGAUUCUGAAGACUUCGUUCCUGAGGACGUAAAAAGCACAUCGUCUGUUGCCUGUAGCUGUGCUUCAGAUUUUCAAGAGGAGCAAACUGGCUGUAAUUCGUCUAACGUGAAAAGCUGUCCGAACUUGAGCGAUUUGGAUCCCGAGAUUCAUUCUCGCAGCUUUCGUUGGUUAGCCAGGCAAGUUAGUCGUCGGAAAAGUGCCAAGGAGUCUGGAAAACGUCCCUCUGAUAAGAAUCGUAGAAGUGACCGGGACAAGAAUGGCCUUAGCUACCAUGCUCGAUGCCUACAAGAAGCGAAACGAGUCAGGCGAGCGGCCGAGUUGGAAGCUAUCAACCGCAGGACGAGACCACAGCAAGCUCGGCGAAGAAGGCCCCUGAGUUUGCUUAACUUCAGGUCCGGAAACGAUGAACGAGGAGUGCAGGAUGCGGGAAGAAAGAGAUUUUCGUUCUCUUGGGGGUUUCGACAGGACGAUUCAACCACCCAAGCUGAUGAACGUCGCGAUCGAGCCAACACAGUGCCCCCAAGACCGCUGUCACCAACACCACCGUCAGAUGACUCUCCAACUGACGAUGGAAGAACGAACGCGAUGAGCUUCGAUGAAUUUGAGAGAAAAAGAAGAGAAAAGGCUCGUUUGAAAGCAGCGCAACAUAAACUGGAGUAUUUCCUCAUCAGCGAUAUCGUUUCCAUCACAAAUUGCCCGUGGUAUUGGGGGAAAAUUAAUAGGUUUGAAGCGGAAAAGAUACUGGAAGGCUUUCCUGAUGGAACAUUCCUGUUACGUGACAGUGCGCAAUACCACUAUCUGUUCUCAGUGAGUUUUCGUAGAUACUCCCGAACAUACCAUGCAAGGAUUGAACAGUGGAAGCACAGAUAUAGCUUCGACAAACCAAGUGACUAUUCAUUCUGUUCAAAAAGUGUUUGUCUGUUAUUACAGCAUUACUCUCGUGCAGAGCAAUGCAUGUAUUAUGAACCUCUGCUGUUGAAGCCGCUACACCGAACCAAUCCAGUGUCCCUACAGGAUCUCUGUCGCGCAACAAUCUGUAGUCAGACAACUUUUCAAGGAGUCAGUGACCUUCCUGUACCGAAUUCUAUGAAGAUUUUCUUGAGAGAGUUUCAUUACAAAGUUCCAGUGAAGAGGACUGAAGAGAAAGGUACUCAAACACCAGCACCACGAAAGAGAUUCAGUUUUUCAUUCCACAGAGACUAGUAUCCCAGCUUGGUGGAUAGAUUAAUUUUUUUAGUUGUAUUCUGAACUGAAGAUCAAAGUGCAUUAUUGAUCGGAGAACAAAAAGCAUUCUAGGUGGGUCCCAAAGGGAAGGGAAAAAGUGAUGCUGGGGGGAGGGUCUGAGGAGUCCUUAAAGCAAUGAGCUGCAAAGAAAGGUUUGAAUCUGGCUUGAUGUUAACCCAAAUCCGCAGCUCUAUGUUCAAAUGAUAGUUGACAGUGAAAAAAUGUCGCACUUGGACUUACAUUUGUGAUAUAUACCAAAUUGGUAGUAGAGUAUGUCUUCAUUUAUGACUAGAUGUUUUGAUAUUUUCAAAGACUUGAGGUGAUUGAAACCCUUUUUGGUCUUUGGUUACUUCAGCUUCGUAAAAAGUGCAUAAAUAUGGUUAUAAAUAUGGACAACUUCUUUUCCAGAAGUGAAAAAGGAAAAAAAAACUUGUUCAGAGUAUAAGUUAGAGUAUAACAGCCAUAAAAUAAUUUUGUAAACCAGUAUAUAAUAUAUUUAUUGGUUUUUGAAAUAGUAUUAACAUAAAAGCCCUUGCUGUCCUUCCCAAGAUAGUAAUUAGCAACAAUUGUAAUAUUCAGUUCAGUAGGAAAACAGAUAUUUUGAGGUAACCUGUCAACUGUUUAAAGCAUUAGAGGUAGCAUCUCAACUGCUUUGUAUAUAUCAGGGGUUUCCUUAAGGGCCAGGUACCUGGCAAAUUGACCAACUGUGAGGACAAUUUUGCCCACCUGAUUUGACCAUCCAGCAGAAAGUUUUUCUUGUAAAGAAGUUCUUUUUGAAUAGUUUUGCCUGCCGUUGAAAACUAAUUGCCACCCUGCUGAAAACAGUAAUGAAACCCCUGAUAUAAAAUCUUGUAUUCAGACUGCAAGCAGCCAGCUGGUUUUGUUCCUGAAAUCCUCCGCACAAUUGGAAAAUUUAAAAUUAUGCAAAUUAGGGAAAGGAAUGAGAAGGGAAUGCAGCAAGACCAUGUCUCUUGUCUUGAUGAGCAUUAGAUUUGUCUUUUACAGGAUAAUGGACCUUUUCAUGGAUGUCACGCAACAAUGUUUUCAUAUUGUUCAAGUAAAUAAAAAAAUCUCCUCCGUAGUUCAAUUUAUCAUGCUGAAUUUAGUAAAUCUACGAAGUUUCAGAAGAAUCUGUUGCAAGCUUGUAAAAAAAUGCAUGUAUGGGACCCCAAACUUACAAAGAAGUGUAGGCCAGAGGGCAAGUGUUGCCCCCUGGUAUACAUUUCUUUGAUAAAUGGAGUAGUGCAAUUUAUUUUUGUUUGGAUGAAAAAUUCAGAAAAGCCUGACAUUGGUGAAGAGGUCCAUUAUUGUUGAUGUCAUUGUUUACAUUUUGCCUCAUUAGUAUAUGACUUUGCAUAGACAAGGCAUCGUGCUAGAUGCAAAUUGACUCCAAACAGCAGUGAAACUUGGUGCGUUGUGAAUGUUUUAGCUCUUUGGGUGUAAUAUUAAUGAAGGUGAUAUUGGCGCUUUCAGAAACUGUGAAAUAUCUAGGUGGCAAAAGCACUAAUGAGCUCUUACAUUCUUUGUUAAAUUUUGAAUUUAUAAACCCGUAUCACAUGAAAUAUAUACUGGUAAUACAUCGGGUUCAAAUUCCUUGGGACAGUUUUAUAAUGGUAUGCUCUUUCAAUGUUCAGAAGUGAUAUUCCUCUUAAAACUUGAUCAGAAACUGAAUUACUUAAUAUGCUCAUGAGGCAAAUAUUGUAAACAAAGAUUAGUAACAGAUUCCCUUGUAGCUAGCUGAUUUGUAAAUUAUUUGAUGUAAACGACUUCUCAAAAGGUCUUAAAAGAGGGGAGAAACCUUAGUAAUAGCUUAUUAGAACUUUUAUAAUUGAUAUAUGCAACUUUUUUAAACUUGCAAAAGUACAGGGUUAGAACUAAUAUAGAGGUAUAUAUUUAAAAGAGCACUUAACAAAUAGAAUAUUAUUUAUUUCAGGGGACACAAAAUAGAUAUUGUUGAUUUGAAGUAUAUUGAUAGUAUUUAGUUUUGGUCAUUUAAAAGUUCAUGUUCAUGUGUUGGAGAGUAACAUUACAAUUCUGCUUAAUUUUGGGGGUACAUGUACCAGUACAACUUGGCGUACUGGUUGCCUAGCUGUAUUUUUAGGGAAAAGGUCUUACUGAACUGUCAGGUCUAUUUUCCUUUUUAAUUUGAGCUGAUUAUUUCAUUGCCAUAUUUGUGGUUGAAACCUUAGUGUGUGACCAUCCAAAUUAAAGCUGUUGAGCAGUACUUUCAGGUGGUUUUGUGUUUAUGCUGUGCAAGGUGGUUCAAUCUUUUAAGUCUGGAUGAAACCCUAGUGUGUGACAAUUCAAAUGUAAGCUCUCUUUUUUGUGAGCUCUGUACCUUGCCACUGUUCUUGUCAAGGUUCUUUGUUCCUCUGCACAUGAUUAAGUCUGAAAGAAAGCAAACUCCUUGAUAGAUUAUUAACAGUAAUUUACAGUCUUGUUUUGUUUUUGUUUCUAAGGCAGUCAUGUUCAACUUUCAUAAUAUGAGAUUGAAUACUUACAGUUUAGCUCAGCUAAGAGCAUUUAUUUCAUUGCACCUUAACAACUGUGUUCCUAUUAUUUUUCAUCAUGUACAUAAGAUAAUUUAGCAUUUGUAUAUGAACUAGUGUCUUUUUAAGUUACUGUUAAUGUUUUGAGAAACAAGACUUAUUUUAAAGCAAAAAAAAAUUAUGCUAAAAAAUUUCUUAAGCUCUUUGACAGAGCAAAUAUGGGUUAUCUAUAUGUCAGUUACAUUUAAGGCAAAAUAAUUAUGAACACCUUCUCAGAGGACUUUUUCCAUCUUUGUAUCAAUCUUUAUUAACAGGUACAAUGUCUGUAUCUCACUUGUGCAUAAGACAUUUUUUGUGGACUGCAAUGCAAGAUUUUGCUGUCUUCACGAUAAUGUUUGCAAGACUUUCUCACUUAAUACAUUCAUGCAACCCAUGGUGAAUUAAAUAGAAAAUAAUACAUGGGUGCACCUAGAUAUGGAAUUUCUCUUCCAUUGUUCAACUCAGUAUCUCACAAGUGAGCACAGCGAACAAGUAAGAUACAAAGUUGAACACAUCAAAGGGAAAUUUCAUAUCUGCAAGCAGCCAUGUGUUAUUUUGUUUAUUUUAUGAACAUACUUAUAAAAAUGUCAAAAGUUGUGCAAAUGCCACACAAUCAUUUCCAAAAAAAUUUCCGAAGAUUACUGACAAAUUUAAAUACAGUAAAAAAAUGAUAUCAAACAUUACAUCAUCGAUAUCAUGACAGUGAAGUUAUAAUUUUACAUAUGUUCAAUUACGGCUCUCCUCAGAGCUGGAAGUCCUUGUAAAACACUGCAGUUUAUGUAAUAAAAUAUUACGUCUCCAA